CUUCAGUCACUCCUGCUGCAAUGCCAAUGCCUUUCUCAAUCCAAACAUCUGUAUCUUGGCUCAUGGUGUGCAAUUGUCUCACUAGAUUGGUGAGCUCAGAAGAUACCACAAUAUAUGGAGGAACGCAAGAAGACAUCUUACUGCAUCCUUCACGUCAACUCACUAAUGCCUUUACUUUUUCAUGGAGAAAAGAUCAAGAGUAUUUAGCAAAAUUCAAGAACAAUAAUGUGUUUUACUAUGGGGCGUAUGAUCAGAGAGCACAGCUUUUUCUGAAUGGAACCAUCAAGCUGGAAAAUGUCAGCAAAAAUGACUCUGGACUCUAUAUGCAUGAAGCCCAUGACAAAGAAGGGAGGUUAGUUAAUCAGGAAAGAAUCCAUGUAGAGAUACUAGAUCCGGUUUCAAAACCUUUGGUGACAGGUUGCCAUACCGGAGAAGGUAAAAUGACUUUGUCGUGCUCGUCAGAGAAAGGAGACAAUUUGUCAUUUGGGUGGAUUUUAAAUGGCUCUGUGGUCAGUAGCAGCUGCAAUCACACAGUAGAAAGAAAUGCUACUGGAAAAAUAUACUGUUUUGGUGAAAAUAAAAUCAGCCGUGAAUUAAGCGAUCCUGUCAAUUUACUGUGCUUAGAUCCGGUUUCUAAACCUUUGGUGACAACUUGCCAUACCGGAGAAGGUAAAAUGACUCUGUUGUGCUCAUCAGAGAAAGGAGACAAUGUGUCAUUUGGGUGGAUUUUAAAUGGCUCUGUGGUCAGUAGCAGCUUCAAUCUCACAGUAGAUAGAAAUGUUACUGGAAAAAUAUACUGUUUUGGUGAAAAUAAAAUCAGCCGUGAAUUAAGCGAUCCUAUCAAUUUACUGUGCUUAGGUCAUCGGACGAAAGUAAUAAAGAUGACGAGUGGCAUUGUUACGUUCUCUGCGAUCUUACUGCUUUUAUUCUGUGGAGCACUAAAAGGGAAGUUCCAUGCAGGAACGUGCAUCUUAAAGAAUGCAAACAUACUGAAAAAUAAAAGAUGCCCGAAAGAAACUUCUACUGCAGUAAAGGCGCAACCCAACAUUUACAUAGCAGAUGACGACAUAUACGUUGAAAUGAAACUUCAGGAAAAAAGUCCCUCAAGUGGCACAGAGAAAAUCAGUUCUCCGUCUGAAACAAGACCAGAAGAAGGAACGGUAAAUGAAAAUUUUGAGCCUGAAUAUGUGGAAAUGGGUCGUUAUGCAAAGAGAAGGGAAGUUCUUUCUGUCUCAAAUGUUUUACUGUUGACAACAGAGAACCCAGAACAUGGUACCCAUUCAUGAAUGGAUGUCACAAACUCCCAGCUACCGGAGUACACAGCAGUGGCUUUCUGUAAUUCCUGAAGGCUCCUGGUCGUAAGCGAAGAUGUGAAUACUGACAAGAAGGACGAUAAAGCGAUUACAAUAACCUCAGAAAGUGGAAUUUCAGGUUAUUCUGCAUAAACUGUAAAACUAACAGAGGACUCAUUGUGUUUAAUGUUUUUUUACAUUAACAUAAAAAUUUAAUCCAGGACUUUUACUAAACAGAUUAUACAGUACAUAUUCUGUUUUGCAUUUUUGAGAAGCACCAAUGCCCACGACAGUAAAUUCAAAUAAUAAUAAUAUCUGUGGAUUUAUGCUGUUUGAAUAUUCUACGACUUUCAGGGUUGAGUUUCGAAGAACUGUUGGGAAGACUACUGCUUCUGAUGAACACACUGGAGAGGUUUUCGUUUAUUUUCUGUCUUUGUUCUAGCGAUACUAGAUGUGUCAGUGAUCCCGGUGGAAUAUAAACUCCAGAAGAUCACAUUAUAAGAUGCUUCUGAACUCGGCCUUAAGCAGGCUUUUUCAGCUGUACAGAGUUAACUGCAUACAUUAGCCUGAAUCAUUUCCUUUCCGAUAUUCCUUGAGGGUUUGUGUAUUUUAUGUAUUUAUUUAUUAAAAGUUUUUUUUUCCCUUCGUUGCACUUCUUUAAGUCAUCUUAAUGCCAUGUGUAAAAAAUCUUAUGUAAAAACCUGGCUGUUUAAAGUCCCACUGUGCCCACUUAUUGUGUCGCAGCUCAUCAGUAGUUACUGUCAAUGAGGUCCGUAAAGAAGCCCCAUUCCUUCACUGGACACCUUGCAUCUGCAGUAUCUGGUUCUGUUCAUUCAGUUAUCCAUCUCAGUAGUCACUGAACAAAUUAGAUGGCCUAAAAAAACUAAACAUCAUGGCCAUGUCAGUCAAAAGUGCUCAGCCCAACUGUCAACUUAUGUCAGAUCAGAUUCUGAGACAGAUUU